AUGAGUUUGAGUCAGCUCAUAUCCUUAGGCAACAACUCCGUAGUGCUGUUAAAAGACAUAAUUGGGUCUAAAUUAGGGUCACUAUUUAAGACUAACCCUAACCAGGAGUACCCACUCCCCAAUAUUAUUUCCUAUUCUGGCUUUCUCAUCCUAGUGUGCACGGCGUAUAAGUUAUACGAAAAGUACUACGAAGGAAACGAAGACAAGCUCGAAUUCGCCGGCACCACGGUGUUCGAAGCGCACAGUGCUGAUUGGGAAAAGGAACAGAAGACCCUGUCUGGCCAGAAUGAUAUAAGCAGUAAGCAGAGUACAAGUGGGGGCGAAGAACAGGCCGGAGAGGAAGCCGAUGAAGAGGGGAACGAGUACGAACUGGACGAAGAAUUAGGGGAGGAAUUAGGGGAAGAUUAUGGGGAACAGUAUGGAGAGCCGUAUGGGGGAGAAUAUGGAGAAAUGGUUGACCAGCAUUAUGGGGAGGACUAUGGCGGAGGAGAGUACGGCGAGGAGUACGACGAAGACGGUGAGGAAUACAGCGAAGAAGACAGUGAGGGGGACAACGAUGAGGAGGUCAUCCAGCAAGACGGUGAAGAGGUCGCUCAGGGGGAUGAUGAGGAGGUCGCUCAGGGGGAUGAUGAGGAGGUCGCUCAGGGGGAUGAUGAGGAGGUCGCUCAGGGGGACGAUGAAGAGGUCGCUCAUGCGGACGAUGAAGAAGUCUCUCAGGGGGACAAUGAAAAAGUCUCUGAGUCAGACGACGAAGGGGUCACUCAACAGGACGAUGAAUGGGUAUAUCCGGAGGACCAACACGGAGGAGUGCACUACCAACUAAAAGACGAGGAAGUGCUCGUCAAAUAG